AUGAGAUCAGAAAACGAUCAAGUGUUUCGAAACUCGAUAGAGAUUACCGAAGAAGAAGCUGAACUAAAGAUUCCGAAAAACCGUGAUAGUCUAGAGGAUCUUCCGGUUUUCUAUACGGACAAGAAUGUAACGGCUUGCGAAUUGCCUGAGAUUGUAGUUAGUAACUACAAGGAGCUUACUUAUAAAGUCGUCAAGGAUAUAUGUGUCGAUGAGAGUCUGCCUAUGAUGAAAGAGAAAGAUUCUAUCGAAGUAAAUUCAAAUCCUUUCGAAUCCAAAUCCUCAGAAGAGGGCAACAAGUUUGAAGAAGUUGUUGGUAUUCAAGAUUCUAGCAAACUCAAUCAAGACAACUUGAUUGUGACAAGAGAAGAAGUUAAGGUUGAUUCUGAAGUUACUCAUGAAGUUGGUUGCGAGAAAUCGCCAUCGAGGGAUGUAGUAGUAGCUUCACCAGGAAGUGUCUCUAAGGAAACUUUAACCUUGGGAGAUAUUAUAUCAAGGGAAGAUUCCUUAAAACCUUCCAACAACAAUGGACCAGAGAAAACAGAGGAAUCAAAAGCAAACAACUUGAGAGAUCUUGAUCAUGGCAAUUUCGAACCCGAGAAUGAAAGACUGAACUAUGUACUCGAGGACUCUUAUGAUCAUCAACAUCUCUUCUCAAGCAAAUACGCAAAUGGUUUCGAGGAAAGAAGUUUCUCUGAAGCAGAGCCAGGUUUAGCACAUAUAACUUACUCUGGACCAAUAUCAGUCUCCGGAAGCCUCUCUGUUGGAUCUGAUGGAAGCACAAUUAGCACACACUCCUUCGCUUUCCCAAUAUUGCAAUCGGAAUGGAACAGUAGUCCGGCAAGAAUGGCGAAACCCGAGAAGAGACCACUCGGGAAAAAGAAAGGAUGGAGACAUUACUCUCUUCUUCUAUGUUGUAGAUUCUGA